AUGCCUAUCCAAAUAUCUCCCUUAACCCCCAAAGAUAUUCCCUCCGCAGUCCACUGCAUCCAAGCAGCCUUCGCCGAUGAUCCCUACAACCACUGGAUCUUUCACAGAGAGAACUUCUCCCUCGCCCGAAACACCCACAGCCUUUCCAUACGUUGCAAAUGGGGCAUAGAGCAUGCUCUCUUCCACGUAGCCAAAGAUACCUCCGAUUCGGAGGGGAAAGUUCUCGGAGUGGCUUGUUGGCUUCCACCCUCGAAUGCCAAGGAGCCGCAGACCUUGAAAAGCUGGUUUGGGGAUUGGUGGCUGUGGUGGGAGCAGGUCAAGAUGAACCUCUCGCUGGGCCGUGGUGGCUUGAACACGAAACGAUACUACAUCUGGAAAGCAGCACAAGCGUCAGCUCAAAGCGAACUGUGGACAGACGAGCAAGGCUAUUACUUCUGCAACAUUGUGACAGUUCUUCCUGAAGCUCAAGGCAAAGGAAUUGGGAAACUACUAUUUCGACAUGUUACCGAUCAAGCUGAUCGCGAGGGCCGUAAAUGCUAUCUGGAGUCCAGCAGAGCUGAGCCCAACAUGGCAAUAUACGAACGCAUGGGGUUCCAAUUAGUCAAGGAGAUGGUGUGUGAUGAUGAUGGAGACAGCAUCACAUUAUAUUGUAUGAUGAGGCCGCCGCAGGAGAUGUGA